UGAAGGUUGUGUCGAAGUACAGGUCCGUCAAACUGGUCGGUCUGCGGAUCUUAGGGCCACGGGAAAAUCGAACGGUGCCAGCAAUUUGUUUACUUAUUUAUUCGUUCGCGUGCAGCGUUGAUGACAACCGUGGUUCGAACGAAUGUUUCGAAGGUAGUUGUCUCCCGGGGAGUUUUUAAGAAUACGUUUGCGCUCGAAGAGGAGACAUUUGCCAAGUGGAAUCACGAUCGUAUGACGAUUCGAAGGCAACGACUCUAUUGAUCUUCUGCUCCAGCAAAUAUGACGACGUUGAUACGACGUAUAUAUCACGGAUAUCGCUACAUCAACGAGGAACUGGCAGAUCCUAGGACCCAGGAUUUCUUCUUGAUCGGAUCACCAUGGGUCUGCCUGGGCAUCCUAGGAUUUUACCUGUACUUCGUGCAAGAUCUGGGCCCCAGCAUCAUGGCGAGAAGAAAACCCUUCAACUUAGACAGAGUCGUACAGGCAUACAAUGCGAUGCAGAUAGUAAUAUGUACAUACGUAUUCUAUAAGGCACUGCAGCUGGCUUGGCUGGGCCACUACAGUUUCGUCUGCGAGCCAGUUGAUUAUUCAUACAAUCCGAGAGCACUCGAGAUAGCCAGGGUCGUAUGGAUGUACUUUAUGGUGAAGCUUUUCGACCUCCUUGAUACUAUUUUCUUCAUUCUGCGGAAGAAGCACAACCAGGUGUCGUUCCUUCAUGUGUAUCACCAUACGGGGAUGGCUUUCGGUACUUGGGCGGCCACUAAAUUUCUUGCUGGAGGUCAUAUCACAUUUUUAGGUACAGUGAACAGCUUCGUCCACAUAGUGAUGUACAGUUACUAUCUAGCGACCUCGCUGCGAUUAUAUAAACCCUGGUGGAAAAAAUACGUAACACAGUUGCAACUCACUCAGUUCUGUGUGCUCCUGCUGCACUUCGUGUUACUAGCCUGGACCGAAGACUGCGGUUUUCCAAAAUGGACGGCUGCGGUGAUGAUCCCUCAGAACGUCUUCAUGAUCAUAUUGUUCGGGGACUUCUAUUACAAAGCGUACAUCAGGAAGCCGAAGGUCGCGCAGAACGGUGUCUCGUCGGAGGUCCCGAACGGGAAAUUGAAGAGCCAAUAAACGUUUUAAGAUAGUGUUGUAAGUCUUGGUUCAACGCGAAUAACGAUCCCUACUUCAUCUUUGAGUCAUUCCGUUUCUACUUUUCGCAAAAUGUAGCGCGUUUCAUCAUCAUUUCAGACUACGCUUAAGAUUUUGAACUUACUUAAUGAACUUACUUAAUGAACUUGCUUAAUGAACUUACUUCAUGAACUUACUUAAUGAACUUACUUCAUGAGCUUACUUAAUGAACUUACUUCAUGAACUUACUUAACGAACUUGCCUAAUGAACUUACUUCAUGAACUUACUCAAUGAACUUACUUCAUGAACUUACUUCAUUAACUUACUUCAUGAACUUACUUCAUGAGCUUACUUAAUGAACUUACUUAAUAAACUUGCCUAAUGAACUUACUUCAUGAACUUACUCAAUGAACUUACUUCAUGAACUUACUUCAUUAACUUACUUCAUGAACUUACUUCAUGAGCUUACUUAAUGAACUUGCUUAAUGAACUUAGUUAAUGAACUUGCCUAAUGAACUUACUUCAUGAACUUCCUCAAUGAACUUACUUCAUGAACUUACUUAAUGAACUUACUUCAUGAACUUACUUAAUGAACUUACUUCAUGAACUUACUUAAUGAACUUACUU